UGGACAGCAACAAACACAACAACAGCCUCCUCAAGAAGCAACAACCAUUCAUUGACUUGUUCAUGACAUCCGAACAUGGCGACGGCGGCUCCAGGGGUUCGGCUUGCGUGUGGGCGGGUUGUUCGACAAUGGGAGCGCAUAUGGCAUCACGCGCUCCCGGUUCCCACCAUAUGCUUCCCAUGCGGAGACAAUGGUGCGCAUUGCAGCCACAGCAGCGACCCAAGGCCGCACAUCAAUGGGAUGGAUGAGCGAUUGCUUGACACGAUGCGCUCGGCGAUGCAGCAAGAGCUCGAGCAUGCGCGAGGAGACAAAGCCCCAGCAGCGACUGCACCAGAAAAGGGCUGGGAAGACUAUCAUGGGUGGCUGAGGGCCAUUGUGAAGCACCACGCGGCUUCGCCGCUGCUCUUACGCGGCGCUGUGCAGCGCUGGCCGUGCGUGGACCCGACUCAUCCCAAGACCUGGCAGGGGCAUGAGCGGUGGUUGCAGCUGCAGGAUCGCGAUGUUGCACUGGAAGCUGGCGUGUACACGGACAGCGGCUUCUCCAUGAAGUCUGCGCGCCUCAAGGAUUUUGUGAGCUACGUGAUUGAAUCUGAGCAGCAGAGUGCGCAAUUUCCCGCGUCUUCGCCAUCACCGCUCGCUGCGUCGGAUGAUGCACCACUGUAUCUGGCGCAACAAGAUGUUGAUUCCCUGUUUCCUGAGCUGUGUGAAGACUUCCGGCUUCCCCUUCAUCUCGACCCGACAUCCUUGACCCAGAAGCUGAUUUGGAUCGGGCCCAGCAGCGUUGUGACGCCCCUGCAUCGUGAUCCGUCCCAUAACCUCUUCUGCCAAGUUCGUGGUACGAAGCGGAUUGUUCUUGUGGAUGCGUCGCGCCGAGAGCCGCGCUUGCUGCCAUCGCUGGACCCUCGCCGCCGCAAUACGUCCACACUUGAUCUGACGGCGCCGACACGGGAAAUUGAGGAGCAGAGUCCCGGGUUCUGUGAGCUCCCACGUUUCUCCACCAUCGUUUGCCCAGGCGACGUGCUUUUCAUCCCACGUGACAUGUGGCACUUUGUUGAAGGCGUUGACGCGGAAUUCGUGGUCUCUCUGUCCUUUAUGUUUGACUACACCGGGCCCAGUCGGUUCAGGAGAUGACCAUGAGCCGUGCACGGCUGUACCGGCUGCAUGUGAUCGCUGCUGAUCAUGUGUUGUGCUCGCUUUGUGUGUUUGUUUUGUGUGCAUGUGUGUGCAUGUGUGUU